CUGGGUUAGUUCGUACCUCGGGCAAGCUCGACCUGGAGCAUGUCGACAUCGACCGCGCGGAGCUGGAGGCCGGCGGGCAGGCGCUGCGCAUGGACACGCCCACGCUGCGCGUCGUCUCGGACUCCAGCUUCGUCGUGGAAGGCGUCAUGACGUCAGGGCAGGAACGCACAACUUCUUACGCGUACGCGUGGUCGCACUUGUGGCGUGACGCUUGGCGGCUCAUUGACGACUACGGCGGGUCGGCGACCGCAGCUGGGAGGAUGCCCGCAGCAGACCGUCAGCGACUGCUGUGUGCUGACAAGCAGGUGGAAGGCGUGGGCACGUGGCUGGCCGCCAUCGGCUCCGCGGUUGACGGAGCCGACACCACCACCCAUCGAAAGGUGGUUCGAGGCGCCUGGAGGGCUCCCGCCGAGGGCCUCGGAGUGCCUGCAACGCCGUGGCGAGCAUGCGUGCUGCGCGGCGCCGCCGCCUCUGGGGGCAAGUGGUGCGAGGUCUGCAGGUGGGCCGAGCGCAAGUCGGCCUGCCCUGGCUCGAUCGAGCGGGACGCCCUCGAGCACUGCCAGGUCCUGCUGGACAUUGGCAGGAGGCCGCAUCGGCUCGCGCGCAUCAGUGUCCUGCGCGACGCUGAACUGCGGCGUGAGCUGCCGUUC